CUUAAUGGCGAGUUCAUUGACUAGAGCUGAUGUAGCUGCGCUUGUCCCUCCUCCAAGAAGCUGGUCAGAGUAGAACAGUGUCUAAAAGGCUUGUUGGUGUAGUAGUAGAGAUAGUGGAACGGAAGAUGGACAAUGGAAUAGGCAAUAAUUAUCGUCCAAGGUGGCAGAAAGUCUUGUAUAAAGACCAGGGUGUUCCGGAUAACUACGUUGAUGAAUCCUUCCUUGGGGAGUUGAAGAGAAAAGAAACUACGUAUGAAUUGUGGCAUGUGGUGCGGGAAUCAGGCGUUGUGACUCAACAAAUAAGUAGUAUCUGCAUCUUUGUGGUUUUAUUUGUGUAUAUGCAACGGGAAUUGCUCUCUCCAGUCAAUCUGCUGUACGUCAACGCUGGGUUGUCUCUGAUUGGCUAUAUUCUCUAUGAUGUCAUCGAUGGAGGGCAGGAUCGGAAGGAGAGCGGAAGAUCCCGCUUGGAUGAUGUUAAAAGUACUGCCAUCUUUGUUGCCUUUUCAUAUGGUUUGUCACCGAUCCUGAAAACAUUGACUGAUACCGUUAGUACCGACACUAUCUAUGCAAUGACUGUAUUUAUGCUUUUAGGAAAUCUGCUCUUUCAUGAUUAUGUGACAACGGAAACAAGGGGAAGGAGACCUGUCUCACUAUGUGCAUCUAUAUUUGCAUCGGUUUGUCUGGCAUCCAGACUUCCUACUACUCUCCAUGCCUUUGCCACAGUCACUGUUGCUAUGCAGUUGUUUGCACUCUGGCCUGAACUCAGACGAAAACUUAAGGUUUGCAUUCCGAGAUCCCAGACUCCAUUAACAUUGUUGUCGGUUAUCGUUGCAUUCGUUGCCUUGGUAACAGUGAGUAACAUAGCGGCCAUUAUCAUCGUCUUCAUUGAUCUUGCCAUUACUUUCCUUGUUCCUGUUUGCCUGAUACGGUUACAACUUUUCAAAAAAAAUAUCCAUGGUCCAUGGGACGAGGCUGUGAUUCAACAUUAGCUGCUUCUUUGGCGGGAAAACAAAAUAUUUUUUAACUGAACACUGCAUAAGUAAUGGAAAAGGGAUUUUUAAUCCAAAAGUGAACUAUUUUUGGUGACCUUAUUGGUAUUUUUUAAUGUGAGGGAUUUUGGUAUCUACAAGUUACCAUUAAAGUUUCUAUCAAAAUUGCUUACAUGCAGUUUUAGGGUGAAUACUUGAUUUAAUGGUUUGAUAAAAACACUGCUCAUUGCAGUAAACAUGUCAUGGCUGUUUCAAAUUCAAAUAUAAGUUUUCAGGUCAAACAGGCAAAAGAAACCACACAAAAACGGUUGUAGCAUCUUUAAUAAAUCCUUCCAAACAUUUUUGUCAAAGAUACUAACAAACACUUUAUUCACACAGUAUUUCUGUAACUUAUUAUCCUUUUUAUCAUAAAAUUAGGCUUAACAUGUUUAUACUCGCUUUCAGAAAUAAAACAGGAGUUAGUUGCAACACAUGCAUCAUAUUGAACUAAAUCUUUGCUUUAUUGUACUAGGACGAAUCAAGUUGUGCCUAGUGUGGAAUUAACAUAAGUCCAUUAUGUGUAAACAAUAGUAUAAGGUUGUAAACCAAUGAAACUGUUGCAUUAAUGAGCCCUGCCUUCUGAUUGGCCAAUAGUGCUACAAACAACAGGUGGACAGAUGCAGAAUUUGUUCGCACCGUAAAUAAUCAUGCGCGUAAUAAAAGAGGUCCCUGCUUUUAGCAAAUUUUAAUUUACAGCAAUCAUUUUCCGUUUUGUUUACCAUAUAUUUUUUUUUUUUUUUCAAAUUGAAAAUCCAUGUAGGUCUCAUGGAAUGUAAUUUGUGAAACAGUUGCAUGAAUUAAAAGUGGGCAGAAAUUGCUGCGCGCAGUAAUUACCAAGAUGGUGAUUCGGCAUCGCACAACCGCGCAACAGUGCAAGAAAAAGUGUCCCACACAAUGA